AUAAAAGUAGUCCAUUCCACUAAACAGAGAAUCUUAAAACUAUAGCCCUAAAGUACAAAAGUACAAAGACAACACGAAGCUACUUUGCUUCACCUGAGAAAACCGAACAGAUUCUACUCUCUCAACAUUUUCUCCACACAAUUUUAAAGAUGAGCCGCCAUCCAACUGUCAAAUGGGCCCAGAGGUCUGAUGAACUGUACAUUACAGUUGAGUUACCUGAUGCUCAGGAUGUGAAGGUCAAACUUGAGCCGGAGGGGAAAUUUUACUUCUCGGCCACUGCUGGUGCAGAGAAGAUACCAUAUGAAAUCGACAUUGAUCUGUUUGACAAUAUUGACGUUAAUAAUAGCAAAGUCAGUCCUAGUUCGAGACAUAUCUGCUACUUGGUGAAAAAGGCCGAGGACAAAUGGUGGGACAGAUUAUUGAAGCAGGGAGGGAAAUCUCCUACCUUUCUUAAAGUUGAUUGGGACAAGUGGGUUGAUGAAGAUGAAGAUGAUGAGCAAGCUGCCAAACCUGGAUCUGAUAUGGACUUCGGUGACAUUGACUUUUCUAAAUUGAACAUGGGAGGUGGUGGAGGAGACUUGGAUUUUGGUGCUGAAGACGAUGACGAUGAUGAUGAGAGUGAUUCAGAAGAGGAGGAUACAGAACAAGCAUCUUCUGGCACUGAGCUCGAUGCAAAAGACACGGUCGGCGGCAAUACAAAUGGUGCGCCCGACACUAAAGCAUAAAAACUUUGAGAUAGCUUUGAUCGACUGUGCAAGGAGAAUUAUUCUGAAAGCUUUGAGGGGUUAACUGGUUUUUCAGCUUCGAGGGGUUAACUGGUUUUUCGGUGCUGACAUGUAUGCUUCGUUUUUGGUGUUUGCCCCUGGAAUUUUUUAAGGUGAUUGACAUAUGAGAUGCCCCUGAGAAUGUUAUUUAUUUGUUUUUGUUGGAGUCGACAACACAUUGGUGAAGAUUAUUGAUACAUUGAUAUUAUCUAUUAUUCUUAA